GAUUUUAUCAAGAUGGGAUACUCUGCUUCUGUAGCGGUCACGGCUUUAUGCUUGGGUACUGCUUUUGCAGGCUCAAUUAAAGACAUCAAGCAUGUAGUUCUUUUUAUGCAAGAGAACAGGGCUUUCGAUCACUACUUUGGAACAAUGCCUGGUGUCCGAGGCUUCGCCGACCCAAACGUCCAAGUUAACCCUGAUGGCAAGACAACAUUCCAACAACUUGUCACUCCAGCCUUAACAAAUGCAAGCGAUAUCCUGCAGCCGUGGUACAUUAAUUACCUCGGAGGAGAUUGGCUCGAAGCAACACAAUGUAUUGGAGCAGGAUCAAACAGUUGGCAAGCAAUGCAUGCAGCAUACAAUGACGGUCUUACGAAUCAAUGGGCAGCGACAAACACUCCGUACAGCAUCGGCUACUUCAAGCGAAGUGAUAUUCCAACACACUUCGAUAUCGCCGAAGGUUGGACUGUAGGGGAUAUGUACCAGGAGGGCAUUCUUGCAGCAACAGACCCCAAUCGUAUCAUUUGGAUGAGUGGUACUGUCAACAAUCCAGGAACACCAAACAAUCCAAAUGGGGACGGAGGAAUGAUUCUCGACAACUCGGCCACACCAGGCUGUGAGAAGCCGCACCUAAACUGCUACCCGUUCACGUGGAAGACUAUUCCCGAAUACUGGCAAGACGCCGGCGUUUCCUGGCAAGUGUAUCAACCUGUCGAUAACUUCGAAGAUAACAUGCUAGCAUAUUUCCAACAAUACCAAGCAGCGAGCAAUAGCUCCCCUUUGACUACCAAAGGAAAUUCUUAUCUCGGACUCGACAAGUUCUAUGCUGAUGCCGCAGCUGGGACCUUGCCUCAGGUCAGCUAUAUUGUUGGGCCUCCUGAACUUUCGGAGCAUUAUCCUUACUUGCCAAGUGAUGGAGCGUGGUUACAGAAGAAGGUCGUCGAUGCUGUUACUAGCAGUCCUCUUUACAAGGAGACAGUCCUUAUGAUCAGCUACGACGAGGUCGGAGGCUAUGGUGAUCACGUCACUCCGUUCCACGCUCCCAAAGAUACCCCAGGAGAAUGGAUCAAUGACCCCUACGGCGAAGCUGGAGACACCCCAGUUGGACCAGGAUUCCGUCUUCCCUUCUACAUCAUUUCUCCAUGGACACGAGGAGGUCAUGUGUUCACCGAGCACGCCGAUCACAAUUCUCAAAUCAUGUUCCUAGAGCAAUGGCUCGAAGCUCUCGGCUAUGACAACGUCCAGAGCAAGGAACUUCCUCCUUGGCGCCGGCAACACAUGUCGAAUCUUGUGAAUGCUUUCGAUUUUAACAAUCCUAAAUAUUCCAUCCCCCACAUCCACUCAACCAUAGCACCUCUUACAGAUCCUUCGGAAUCCGUGCCUUCAGAUGGUAUCAUUGGUGCUCUCAGCGGUGAUUAUAUCGGAGCAGCAAAAUGCCAAGCUGAUUACCCGACUGCUCAACCUCCCGUCCCUUCCCUCGUCGACAAUGGAUUCAAGCAAGUGCGAGGUUCCUUGACAGAAGGUCGUUACUUGACAUUCGAGAUCAAUGGCUACGCUUUGACAAAUACUGGGAAGAUUGCCCCUAUUAACCAGAGAUGGGUUCUGCAUCAGGUUGGAGACUUGUAUUCGGGGAAUACCUUCCAAAUUACAAGUGCUGUUGAUGGCAGAUAUAUUUCUUAUUUACAAGGACUUACGAGUGAGGAAGCACUUGCUGAGACGUUUGCUAUUACCGAUUUUGGGAAUGGUCAAGGCUAUACAAUGAAGCCUGGUGGAACUUUGGCGCUGAAUAUCGAGGGUAACGGGGCCGUUGCAACGACUCUUGAGCAAGCUGCGUUCCAGAUCUUUAGUGUUACUUAUCACUCUUGA